GGCAACAUGGCGACGGGUAUAUAAAAGCUGGUUGCGCGCUCACUCAUUACAAGCCACAUCUCUCACAGAAGCUACAUCACACAGCUCAAGUGAGAUUUUUGUUUGCCAAAUAUUUUUUCUUAAUUUAGUCGGUGUUUAGUCAACCAAAUACUUCAAAAUGCGUGAAUGUAUCUCUAUCCAUGUCGGCCAGGCUGGUGUGCAGAUGGGAAAUGCCUGUUGGGAAUUGUACUGUUUAGAACAUGGUAUCCAACCCGAUGGUCAGAUGCCAUCAGAUAAAACCAUUGGAGGUGGAGAUGAUUCCUUCAAUACCUUCUUCAGUGAGACUGGUGCUGGUAAACACGUGCCAAGAGCUGUCUUUGUUGAUUUAGAACCAACUGUAAUUGAUGAAGUACGAACUGGUACAUACCGUCAACUCUUCCACCCUGAACAGCUCAUCACCGGUAAAGAAGAUGCCGCCAAUAACUACGCCAGAGGUCAUUACACCAUCGGUAAAGAAAUUGUUGACUUGGUUCUUGACCGAAUCAGGAAAUUGGCUGACCAGUGUACUGGUCUUCAGGGAUUUCUGAUCUUUCACAGUUUUGGUGGAGGAACUGGUUCUGGAUUUACCUCCCUUCUUAUGGAAAGAUUGAGCGUUGAUUACGGGAAAAAAUCCAAAUUGGAAUUUGCUGUCUAUCCAGCUCCCCAGAUUUCCACUGCCGUGGUUGAACCCUACAACUCUAUCCUCACCACCCACACCACCCUGGAACAUUCCGACUGUGCUUUCAUGGUUGAUAAUGAGGCUAUCUAUGACAUCUGUCGUCGUAACCUGGAUAUUGAACGUCCUACUUACACCAACUUGAACCGACUUAUUGGCCAGAUUGUCAGCUCCAUCACUGCCUCUCUCCGAUUUGAUGGCGCCCUCAAUGUUGACUUAACUGAGUUCCAGACUAACUUGGUACCCUACCACGUAUCCAUUUCCCCCUUGCUACCUAUGCUCCAGUCAUCUCAGCCGAGAAAGCCUACCAUGAACAACUCUCAGUAGCUGAAAUCACAAAUGCCUGUUUUGAGCCAGCCAACCAGAUGGUCAAAUGUGAUCCUCGUCACGGAAAGUACAUGGCCUGUUGUAUGUUGUACCGAGGAGAUGUUGUACCAAAGGAUGUCAAUGCUGCAAUCGCUACCAUCAAGACCAAGAGAACCAUCCAGUUUGUAGACUGGUGUCCAACUGGUUUCAAAGUCGGUAUCAACUACCAACCACCAA